AUGGAGGAGCAAGGCCGCAAUGGGCGGGCCGCGGCGGCAGAGUCGUCGGUGCCACUGCUGGAGAAGAAGGCGGACGGCGUGCUGUACGUGGAGGGCUGCCCCGGGUGCGCGGUGGACCGGCGGAAGGCGGCGAAUCCGGGCAUCCCCUACGGCACCUUCAUCUACGUCUGGACCGUCACCCUCUGCACCGGGGUGGGGAGGGUUCCAUUCCAUUGCCUUGCCUGCCUGCAAACAAUGGCGGCGGCCAAUGGGGAGGAGGAGGGGACUUCGCCGCUGCUGAGCAAGGAGGAGGAGCGCCGGUACCACCCGGGCUGCCCGGGCUGCGACCACGACCGGAGGAAGGAGCUCCGCACCGGGCUGCCGUACAAGGAAUUCUCCUACGUUUGGAUGAUCUGUCUUACCACCGCUUUACCAAUAUCGUCACUGUUCCCCUUCUUGUAUUUCAUGAUAAGAGAUUUGCAUGUUGCAAAAAGAACAGAAGAUAUUGGGUUCUAUGCUGGAUUUGUAGGUGCUUCUUUUAUGUUUGGUAGAUGUUUGACUUCAACUCUUUGGGGAAUAGCAGCAGAUCGUAUUGGGAGGAAGCCUGUUGUUAUGUUUGGCAUUCUCUCUGUGGUAAUAUUUAAUACUUUGUUUGGGCUUAGCGUCACAUAUUGGAUGGCAAUAGCUACAAGGUUUCUCCUUGGCGCUUUAAAUGGCUUACUUGGACCAAUGAAGGCUUAUGCUAUUGAAGUUUGCCGACCUGAACAUGAACCUCUAGCACUAUCACUUGUCAGCACGGCAUGGGGAAUAGGUCUCAUCAUUGGUCCUGCUCUUGGAGGCUACCUUGCACUGCCUGCAGAAAAAUACCCAAAUAUAUUUUCGCCUGACUCAUUAUUUGGAAGGUUCCCGUACUUCUUACCAUGCUUAUGCACAUCAGUCUUUGCUGCCAUUGUUCUGAUAAGCUGCAUAUGGAUGCCGGAGACGUUACACAAGCAUAAAGUCAGUGAUGAUGGAAAUCAAAGUGUUGAAGCUUUGGAGGCCCAUCUGAUUGAUCCAAAAGAGGAGGUGUUCUCUCUAUGGGCUGAAAGUGAGAGGAAGUAUGGUGGACUGAGUUUAUCAUCUGAAGAUGUAGGUCAAACACUUGCAAUUACAGGUGCCAGUCUUCUUGUGUAUCAACUAUUUAUGUACCCAUCCAUCAUUAAAGUUCUUGGACCUAUCAAAUCUUCUCAGAUCGCAGCUGUUCUGUGCAUACCUAUUCUCUUUGCCUACCCCUAUAUGACGUACCUGUCAGGACCUGGAUUAUCGAUCGUACUGAAUAUUGCAUCAGUCAUAAAAAAUAAUCUUGGUGUUACCAUCAUCACAGGCACUUUCAUCCUUCAAAACAAUGCAGUGCCUCAGAACCAAAGAGGAGCAGCAAAUGGAUUAGCCAUGACUGGAAUGUCCUUUUUCAAGGCAGUUGCCCCUGCAGGUGCUGGCAUUGUGUUCUCGUGGGCGCAGAAACGCCAGCAUGCUUUCUUCUUUCCAGGUGAUCAGAUGGUGUUCUUUCUGCUGAACAUCAUCGAGCUCCUUGGACUUGUCCUCACAUUCAGACCCUUCCUGGCCGUGCCAGAGCAGUAUGAAAGAAACUAG